UCAGUUGACUUUAUGUACUUCGUAGAAAGAUGUUUCGUUUCAUUUUCUGUUCUGAUAACCAUGCAUACAUAAACAAACAGGUUUAAUCUGGGGGUUGCUUAAAGUGUACGUAAGUGGAUUUGGGAUAUGUUUGUUCUAUAAAAACGUUAUCUCCGAAUGCGAGUUUGAUAAAUAAAAGUACGCCAGGUUACAGUGAACUGGCGUUAGUUAAAUUAUGAUUAAUUUCUGUUUUUGAAGUGAUUUAGCCUGCUGAAUAGUUUUGCGUUUGAACAUGUCGUGGUAGACGCGAGUCAUGAGUUUCACAAAUUCAACAAGGAAUUUAACCGUGAUUGCCAGGAACGCUGCAGAUGGAUUUUAUUAUGCGGGUUUCAUUACUAAAGGGAUUACAAAUGAAGAAGAAUUCCAUCAUGUGACAUUCUACAACAUCAGACCUCAGGACGUACUGCCAAAUGACGUCAUCAAUAUAGGUGGCGCUGUGCCAUGGCCGACAUUAAAGAUAGGAGACUAUGUAUUAGUUGCGGUACGAUGUAGAACAAGUGGUCUUCAAUGUUAUAUGCCAGGAAGGGUGGUAUGUUUGCCUAUAGAUCUCCGGCGAGAAAAUAGAUUCUACACCCUAAAAUUAUAUUCCGGGAGAACUACUACCAAACCUAGGAGGUACAUCAUUAAGAUUGGCCAGGAUAAGUUUAACGAAAUUACUGAUUAUAUAUCAAACAUCCGCUAUAAACAACCUAAAAUGUUUGUAUCUGAACCAGAUUUGAGGGGGAGAUUACUUGCGCGACGUCAUAAUGAGGACACUAAUAAUAGAAGUAUAGCUUUUUUGUUUAACAUUAUCGUAAAAAGAACACUUUUAAUUUGUUCUUAUUUCGGCUCAGCAAUUGUCAUUUUGGUUCCUUAUAUUUUUCCUCAGUGAAUGUGCCUUUGCCUUACUUUGUC